AUGGCGAUGAAUCAGAUCCCUGGACAGAAUAUCUAUGUUGGAGGGUUGGUUACCUUGUCUCUCACUUUCUGUUACCAUACUAAGCCUUCCUUUGGCCCGUCAUAUGAUGGGCCCAGGGUCCAAGAGGGCAUACUGGCACUCAAGAACAAGGCAGCCUUGACUCGAGCAAACAUUACACAUGUUGUUUCCGUGUUACGCCUCCAACCAGCUGAUGAUAUCUUCGAGUCUUUUCAACACCAUUGUAUAGAGGUCGACGAUGUCGACGAUGAGAACUUACUAGAACAUUUCCCAGCUGCUGUAAAGUUCAUCCAGUCCGGUCUUGAUGCCGGCGGAGGAGUGCUUGUACAUUGUGCGAUGGGAAAAUCCCGAUCAGCCACUGUUUGUAUCGCGUAUCUGCUCAACCGUCAGCCUAGCGCACUGACACCAGAGUCCGCUCUUGACAUCAUCAGACAGAACCGACCGCUAUGUGAGCCAAAUCCUGGAUUCAUGGAGCAGCUCUCCGUCUACCAUCAGAUGGGGUGUCCAGAUGAUGUUACCAGCCACCCCCUCUACAGCCGGUGGCUUUACCGCCGCGAGGUGGAGGAGAGUGUAGCAUGUGGUCGAGCACCCGAAAUGAAGUCCGUGCUGUUUGAAGAUGAGCAGCCGCGCCAAUCACAGGAGCCUGCGGGUCGUAUGACAGAGAUCAAAUGUCGCAAAUGCCGGCGUAAGUUGGCGACCACGCAAUUCAUCAUCCCCCAUACCACUCAAAAGAACGCCGGAGCAAGCACAGCUGAUUGUGCUCAUGUCUUCUUGCACCCACUGACAUGGAUGCGCCCGUCGCUCUUUCCUGGCACCGAUGGAGAAACCUCCAGCUCGCCUUAUGGAGCGCCGCCAGAAGACGCCCCUUUGUCUGGCCGUCUGACCUGCCCCAACUCGUCCUGCGGAGCCAACAUUGGCAAAUUUGCCUGGCAAGGUAUGCAAUGUAGCUGCGGCGAGUGGGUUGUCCCUGCGAUUGGCCUUGCAAAGGCCAGAGUGGACAUUUCCGAGAGGGUCAACAUUACCCGCGGACCAGGCAACUUGCCCGCUGCGAUGGGCAUUCGUCUGCCGCCUGGAAUGCGGACUAAUCCCACGGAUGAGAGCAACGGACGCGGAAACCUUUAG